AUGCAUCGAGUCGUCCGGUCCGAAUCGCCCACAAACGCAUUGAAACGGAAAGUGACUGUUGGUCGCCGUGUGAAUUGCAACCAGCUCUUUUGACUGAGCUAGGCAUCAUGGCAGAGUUUGACAAAGGCAUUGAUACAUACCCCAGUGCUGGUGGUGCAGCAACUACCGCACCAGCUGCCAGGCCUCGCUGGGAUAUUUCCUAUAUUCGAACUGUUCCUGGUUUACUAAAGAUAGCACAAGUGGUAAUCAGCCUAAUUGGAUUCAUUUGCUGUAUAGCAGCAGGAUUCAACAUCGCGGCCACAGGUUUCUUUGAGUUUGUUUCAAUGACAGCAUUCUGGGUUUCCCUCGUAAUGCUGUUCCUCUAUUUGUCGCACUUCAUCAGUUUUGUACGUGCCAUCCCCUGGCUCAUGCUGGAGUUUUUCUACUGUGCACUCUGGACGUUAUUGUACUUAAUCUCCUCAAUAGUUCUUGCAAGUUCAUCAAGUAACUGUGCAAACUGUGGAGGAAUGAAAGCUGCUAGUUUCUUCGGCUUUGUGGCAACAGCUGCUUACGCUGUCGACGCAUUCUUCAAAUUCCGAGGAUGGAGAGGUGGUGAUACUGCCCAGGAGCCAUAGACAUUCUUCUUCUCUCUGAAUGAAUCUCUUAAAAUGGAAACUUGCAAUGACUUUGUAAGCACAAUGCAAAGUUCACUAUUCAAUGAACAGACUGCAUAUUUGAUUCAUGACUCAUUUUAAUCAUAUUACAGUUUGUGAGCAAUAGCAUGAUUAUUUUUGAACAACGAUUUAAAGAGAGUUUAACUCAGGCAGUAUAUUUUGUUGGACAUGACCACAUUUACGCAGGUAAUUUGUUUUUGUUUUGUCUGUUAAAAGUAGUAAAAUGUCUACACCUAAUAUUUAUGGCCAUAAUUUGUUGUAAUACUACAGGAAACAUUUUUGUUCUCUGCAGUAUUAUAUUUCAUAGGUUUGUAGGUAUUAAUCCUUGAACUGUUGGUUCGCAUCACUCAUUGCAUGUUUAUAAAAAUACUGUGCAGUAGAGUACAGUUUUUUUGCAUUUAAGGUAAAUGGUAGCCAUAGCAAGCCAUCCUUGGUGCGAAAUUAGAAUUCAAGGGUGAGAGGUUAGGGUGUGGAAAAUUUCAUUGCUGACUUUUGUAUGACAUGCUGUUGCAUAAUGAAUGAUGAACUUUUUUGUAGUUUUCAUGGUUUCGCUAAAAGGAUUAGGAAAUGGACUUCCUACUGAUGUGCGAAGAGUAGCUCUCAUUUGUCUGUGCAGGUGUGCCUGUUCAGUGGUAUUUUGAUCCUUGCAUGAAGGGGAUAUUAUUUCUUGGCAUUUGAAGAGAUAGAUCUGCAUUUCAUGUAAAAGCCUUUUCAUUUGGGAGUUGGUUUCGCAUGAAAAACCCAAGUUAGAAAUGUUUCAACUUUCAAGUAAGAUAUAUUCCAUUUUUAUGUUAUUCACAUGCUCUAUAAAAUGUCCAUUCCAGUUAAUUCUUACAAGGAAACAUAGUUUUAUGGCUGGGCAGCUCUCUGUAGAAAAUGUGUUAAAAUGUCAUACAUAGGCUAUUGAUACUCCUGCACGUACGCACGCACGCACAUGCACAUACAGCCACCACAUACUUUCCAGAGCGUCGUGUGUGCUCAAAUCGGUAGUUGACUUGCAAGAAUCUGAUUUUGAUCACAUAUAUCUACAGCAUACUCAAGACAGUUUAAAGUUAAUGCCAUGUCAAACAUCAUGUCAUGCGUCUAAAGACUUAGUGUGUUGAAUUAUGAGAAAGCAAGACAAAGGAGCAUAGCACUGUACUAACAGUAGUAGUAGUCGUAGUAGUAGCAGCAGUACUAGUUGUAGUUGUAGUGGUGGUGGUGACGGUAGUGGCAAUGAUAGUAGUUGUCGUUAAAUGAGUGGUGUUGUUUUCUAGCACUUGCUCGUGUGUACAUGGAAGAAGAUCAGAUGUCACCACAUAUUUCUUCUUUUGUGGCAUUGUCAGGUUUGUUGAAUCGGUCAACUAUCUUGUCGUGGUGCGUAGAUAAUGUUGAAUGUGUAGGAAAAAACCUGUCGACUUCAACUGGAAAAUUUCCCCCACAAAAUGAAAUUGCUGUAUAUCCAUAUAAUAUUUCCCGUUCUUUCACUUUGAAAGAACACGACCAGCGUUCUACUCAUUAUAUGUAGCAUUGUUAGUUAAUACUGUUCUGUCCUGAUAGGGGGUGCUAAAUUUCCAUUUUUACCCGUGGUAGGCCUAAUGAGUGUAUGCUGUUCCCAAUGUUUAUGUGUAAAGGGACAAUUUGAAAAUCAAAAGUUUUUAAAAGACACCUAAUCAUGAUUUGGAAGUAAUUUGAUGUCAUGUAUGCAUGUGUGUAUUUUUUUACGAUAGCUACUCAGGUGGGUGCUGUACGUACAAACAUUAUAUAUAUGGUAUGUUAUUGUGGUUAGACCGUUACAACGACUAGAAUAACAAGUGUAACGUUUAGAAUGUUUUACUUUAGCCAUCGAGUGUGUAUUGAAGAUUAUCAGAUAGAGAAGCUAUGCGCGUCUAUAUAUUUUUGAUGUCUCUCUGUGGUUAAGUCUGGUUAAGUGUUGGCGACGUCUGGUGUGUCGUAGGUGUAAAUCGCUGCUGCAUGUCUUUCCUAUAGAGUGCUAGUAUGUGUAUGUGCGUGGUAUGUCGGUAUCGGAAACGCUAAGGAUUUACAUCAGAAAGUUUCGCAUGAUAGCAUCAGGGGUUAAUAAUGACAAAUUUGUCAAUAUUAACCCUUGAUAGCAUAGGAUGCUCCUGCCCUGCGUAGACACGUGUUCUGGCUUCAAACGCGGACGAGUCGCGCUGUCACGUUGGUGAGCAAAGGUUUGGUAGCCAGAGACUCAAAGCCGUUUGUCAUCGUUAUGUUGCCGUGUUUCUUGAAUAUGCAAAACUGACCGUCUUUUAUGGUCGAUCACUACCAUAAUAUUCCCAUAUGAUGCAGAGAUGCCAACCACUACGAUUUAUCCGUAUUUUAUACGAAUUUCUAUUCCUUUUGCACCACUACGACCAGUUUGUAUCAAACUACAAAUUUCACUGUGAUCGAAAAAAAAUUUUUUUUGUCAAUUUAUUGUCAUUAUUGACACUCAGAAUGCAAGAAAUUGCAUCUCAGAAUCAAAAAAAUUUCCGGGGGCAUGCCGGACCCCCCUAGCAAACUCGGGUCACUACGUGACCCUCGAACUACUAAUUUGAUGGCCAGAAACUACAGAUUGCUUCAAAUAUGUGUUGGCAUCUCUGAUUUGAUGUCUCAGUAACACAUCGUUGUGAUAACAAGUAUGGAGACGUGAUCUUGAACACAUUGGCAGUUGCAAAUGUAUUCUCAGUAUGAUUACCGGUGCGUUUUCGUAUCUGGGCCUAUAUGUUUGCAACGUUUAAAAGAUAAUUAGCACGGGUAAUUUUAUGUACAGCUGUAUAAUUAACGAUGUAGUUCACAAAUUAUCCUAGUAGGCUAUAACGUAAUCCUGGUUUCGAUACAGUACCGUAUAGACAUCGACCUAGGCACAAUAAAUAUUGCGGAGCGUCACCGGCACAUAUUUAUGUAGUCCUGCAUUGUAGGCGUAAAUAAUCACUGGUGGUAAAUUCUUUAUGGCCUGUAGCCGUGUGUACCAAUGGUGUGUAGCUGUUCAAUCUUCCACACGUGGAAGAAAAUAUCAAACACGUGUGAUAUUUUCCACACGACGCAGAUCGAAGGAUUUUGCAUGCGCACACGCUGUGGAACUUGCUGCGCCAUGAAGGGAACGGAUACAUUGUAUUUUAGCUACAGAGUAUACAGCGAAUAUAAUACGAUGUGACUUGUAUCCAUCA